GUUAGUGAUAUGCUUAAUGUUUAGAAAACAUCAUUUCAAGGGCAUACAUCGUCCCUUUUCAUUCAUAUUGAUGACACAUUGCACACGACUUUCUUACAUCCAUGAAUCAACUUUCAAUCAAUGCGUUUUGAUUAGUCCUCAUGGACACGCGUAUCAGUCACGUGGCCGAAUUUGAUCUACAGCUCAACCUCUUCUGCGGUCCAAAGGGUAUUCUUUGUUUUUGGGACUAGUAGUAGGCCUAUCACUGACGAACUUGUCCAAAGUAAGAGCAGUCAAGAUGGAUUCGAAGAUCUUCGUUCUUAUGGCCCUGCUUGGGUUAUGCUCCGUGCUGGUCGAUUCUGCAUGUGACAAAAAUAGCGUCGAUGCCUGUCUUAAUCUUCCAGAGAACUUCGAUUCGAGCAACCAGUGCAAUUAUAUAAGACACAUGGUGACGUGUGCUACGGGAAUUAGAGAAUGUACUGAUGAUUACAGCACUCUUGCUCGUAUGUUGGUUCUCAUGUUAGCGAGGGUGCGACAGGCCGGCUCGUGUAACGACCUUGACCUGACCGCAUUGACCAAUUCAGUGAAGGAUAACGAGAUGGCAACUGGUCUUGGACGAGAUGGACUAACAACCGGAUCAGACUUUACACGACACGGUGAUGAGUUUCCUUGUAUCCGACAGAGUGGAGAUAAUUGCCACGGAGCCUUCCAAGCGGCCUUAUCUUUCACGAACCAAGAGGAGAUUUCAUUCAAGCCGAUUUGCUUCAUUUUACCGGCCACGAGCAAAUGCUACAGCAAGAUGAACAGAGGUUGCCGAUCACCCCUGUUACUGGACUUGAGGGACGCCAAACACGAGAACAAGUACAAGAACUUCAUUCGACAGUUCCACGGGAGCAACUGCAACGGUAUGCAGCCUCGUUCGGACGGUACAAUCGGAGAUAUGCAGAAAUUCAAAAGAUACAUGCGAAGAUUGGCUUCUCGGGCUAAUUAGAGUUCAUUUACGAUGUCAAGCCUGACAUGCAUCCUCGAGAAUUGUCAUGCCCUGAUUAUAUACGUUUUGAGGACUAGAAACCUGCUUGGAUAAAAAUGUCAGAAUAUAGGGGCCUGUUAUUGUAUUUGAAGCAUAAACAAAACUUAUUUUUUUGUCUUGAGAAUUUCUAAUAAAACGUUCGUACCAAAUUAUAUAGUUAUUUGUCAAGUCGAUACCCGCUAUCAUUCCUAAAUCUCGAGUUCAUGUUGGAGUGUCACGAAAUUAAUUUUGCUAACAGUGGUUUAUAUCAAAUUAUAUUAUUCGGUAUCAUUCAUUGAUAAGUUCAAUUCA